AUGGGAUAAGCAUAGACAAAAGAGUAAGAAUAAGAUCCUAAUAAGGUUAUUUCAAAAGAGGAAUAUGAAGAUAACAUUAAGAAUUUUAACUAAUUUGUAAGAUCGCAGUCAUAAAAAAACUUGGUUUAGCAGAAUGAGGAAUAAUCAUAAGUAGCAAGAUCUACAAUUACAAACACAAAAGCUGUAUUUAUUUACGAAAAUGAAGAAAAUUAUGAUAACAGAAAUGAAAUAAGCAAUUACAAUUAAUUUAUUGGAAAAUAAGAUGGCGAUAUAAGUAGGUUUUAAGUAAAUAAAGAGACAAUCGAUUACACAAUUUCUGAUUGGAUUGCUCUGAUCAUAAAAAAUAUGAGUGACACAGGAUUUUAAGGAGAGGAAUAUGAGAUUCACCAUACAGAUACUUCGAUAAAAAUAGUUUUAUUGUUUACAGCAAUGAAUUACAAGAAAAUAGAUGCCUUCGUGUCACUAAAUAACACAUUAUGGAUGGAAUUCGUUUUGGUAGAAAUUCAUUAUCAUAUGUUCGACAAAGUAGGAAUAGCUAGAAUUUGCAAUUCAAUUUAGAAAUUAUAUCAUUUGCAGUAUUUGGUUCUUGAUUUUUCUCACAAUAAAAUGGCGAUGAAUAAUGAAUGUAUCAGCAAUUGUGUGACAAACCUUCCUGAUUUAAAGGUCUUCACUUUGAAUAUUGAAGGGAAUAAUAUAGGAGAAGAAGGAGUGAGACUGAUUUGUAAAAGUAUGUCUAACUUAAAAUUUUUGAAUUAACUCAAUCUAAACUUUAAGUGGAAUAAAUUGAAAGAUAGUGGGUUGUUACAUGUCUCAAAUACAAUAGCUUAGAUGAGAUUUAUCAAUUAAUUAUCAAUAGAUGUCAGUGCUAACUAGCUAACAGAAAGCAGCUUAAUUCUUUUGUUUGAUGCUAUAUCAAUAAUCGGAAAGUUGCAGUAACUUUCAAUAAAUAUCUCCCACAAUGAUGUCAACCAAGAAGGAGGAGUGGCCCUUGGCGAGUGUAUAAAGCAGCAAGAAAAUUUGGUAGAGUUGACAUUAUGGCUUGACAAUAAUAAUUUAACUUAGCAUGGAUCAUAUCCUAUUCUCGAAGCUUUAAAGUAGAUUUAUAAUUUAGUAAAACUAGAACUAGAUUUAUCAUUUAAUAAUAUUCCUGUUUAUGAAGCAAAGGAUAUCCGAGAUUAAAUACAUUUAAUUACUAAUAUAAAGUAGAAAAAUUUACGCUUUUUCUGA